UGGUCUGGAUCCUGCUGGGAUUCCGACUCGGAGAAGAUGUUUACUUCUUGUGUCUAGGCUAUAAGAGAGAGACCCAUAUUCUUUUCCAAAAGAAAAAAAAAAGAUUUUAUGCGAUUGGGGGGCAAAGUGAAGAUGCGUUAAAAAAUUUCUUCCCCUUUUCUGUCUGAAUACUUCCACUAACUUUUGAUCUUCGGAGAAAAACAAACUUGGGUGUUGAGAGGUAUCAUGGGCAGCUUCAGAGGCCACGCUCUCCCUGGGACCUUCUUCCUUGUUGCCGGGAUUUGGUGGACGGUAAAGUACUCGAUUUGGCAUGCCACGCGCAGGAACAAGGGUAUUGGUUCUACUCGUCUGGCUAGCAGAGCCUCACAGCGACGGCUGGAGAUCAUUGAGAGCUCAGUCAUACUCUUUUUCUCCCUUGUUGGGAUGUUGGCAGAACAGUUUGGAUCGGGUGGACCGAAGCUUCAGUUGUACGACUUCGUAGAGAAACACUGGGACCAUCUGCACAGCUGGCACCACGCCACCAUGUACUUGUUCUUUGGGCUCUUUGCAACAGUGUCUCUGAUUAUCCACACCACAGAAGCGGCACCACUGUCACUGGAUCGGUUAAUGCUGGCAAUUGCUUUCUUUAAUGAAGGAUUUCUUUUUCUCUACCACCUCCAUGGCAGGAGCAUGCUGGAUGUCCACGUGCAUCUGCUCCUUCUGUACGCGGUCUUUGGAGAGACUCUUGUUGCCUUCCUGGAGAUCUUUCACCGAGGCAACAUCAUUCUGGAGCUGCUGCGGUGCACGCUAACGGUGGUUCAGGGGACCUGGUUCUGGGAGGUUGGUUUUGUGCUGUACCCGCCCCGCGGCCCCGAGUGGGACUUGAAAGAUCCCAACAAUAUGAUGUUCAUUACCAUGUGUUACUCCUGGCACCUCGCCUUCGCCAUGCUUAUAGUGAGCGUGCUCUAUUGCAUCGUCAGCUGUGCGGUUCGCUCCAGACUGAAGAAGACUCCUCCAGUGGAAAUGGGACUUCUGAAGGCAAGAGAGCGAGAUCCAGAGUCUGAGGAUGAGCUUAUGUGAGGAAGACUGUUGUGCAUCUACGUUGUGGCUCAUGAACAUUAUAGAACAAUCAGGGAUAAAACGCUCAAAUUUCCAGGAGCAGAAUAAGAAGCAAGGCACACAGAUGUGGAAACUGAUGUGGAUACGGAACCUUAACCUUAGAAAUGCGUCUCUACCUCUGCCUUAAUUAACCAGCUGUACAACAUUUUAAACGUACUUUUGUUAUUACCUCCUCCAGAGAAGCUUUAUGAUUUGUUCAGUUUAUUUUUCAGCAGGAUUACUGGACAGAACUCUUGUGGCUUGGCAAAAUUUGU